GCCGUGACGUCAGGGUUUAGCGACUUCACACAUGCGCAUUGAUGCCCAGCGCUGAUGCAAGAAAUAUCUCAACCCAGAAGUGUGGAAGUGAUCGAGGGUUAAGAAAAGUUGACUGAAUUUUCUCUAUUUCAACCCAUAAACAUGUCAGGAGACGAGAUGAUUUUCGAUCCCAACAUGACCAAGAAGAAGAAAAAGAAGAAGAAGCCCUUCAUGCUGGAUGAGGAAGGAGGAGAGGGGGUAGGAGGCGAAGAGGCAAAGGAGGUGGAAGCCAAGGAGGUAGAGCUAGAGGUCGGAGAGGACAAGGACGUGGAUAUAGAUGAAGACGGAGGCAGAAAAAAAGAACUAUCUGAUGAUUUGAAUGACUUGAACUUCUUCAACCAGAAGAAAAAAAAGAAGAAGCCCAAGAAAUUUGAGAAUGACAUAGAAGAAGGAUUAAUGGAGCUGAAAAUCGAAGGGGAGCAGAAUGAGGCGCCUGAGGAGGACAAUGUCGAUUUCUCUGGCAAAAAGAAGAAGCCAAAGAAGGUCGACUUCGAGGAGGGAGAGUCUGAAAAAGAUGACGCACUGGAGGAUGACGAGAGCAAGAACAGUGAUGGAAUUUCGUUCGUUUCCUCCUUGGGACCAGCGUGGGCUGGCACGGAAAGAGACUACACCUAUGAUGAGCUCCUAAACAGAGUUUUCAACAUCAUGAGGGAGAAAAAUCCUGACAUGGUGGCUGGAGAGAAGAGGAAAUUUGUGAUGAAGCCCCCUCAGGUGGUCCGAGUGGGAACCAAGAAAACAUCCUUUGUCAACUUCACAGAUAUCUGCAAACUGUUGCAUCGUCAGCCUAAACAUCUUCUUGCUUUUCUGCUGGCUGAGCUGGGAACAAGCGGCUCUAUAGAUGGAAAUAACCAGCUUGUGAUCAAAGGCAGAUUUCAACAGAAACAGAUAGAAAAUGUGUUGAGAAGAUAUAUCAAGGAAUAUGUGACGUGUCACACCUGCCGCUCCCCAGAGACCAUCCUGCAGAAGGACACUCGUCUUUACUUCCUGCAGUGCGAGACGUGCCACUCCCGUUGCUCCGUCGCUAGCAUCAAGACUGGCUUCCAGGCUGUAACGGGCAAAAGGGCGCAGCUCCGCGCCAAAGCCAACUAAAAGGCCAAGGCACCUGGGCCCCCUCCCUCUUAUAACGACCUCUUUUCCUAAAGCCGGAGUCAAGUCGCCCUUAUUGAUUUGCUUAAAGAACUCUCUGAAUCGAACUGCGGGAGUUUGGCUGUUGUUUUGUUGUCAUUGCCUGUACAGACAGGUGGAGAGUGAGAGCUCCUCUAAAAGCAACAGAAAAGGUUCAGUUGUAAAGCAGGUGAUGUUCACCAGAAAACACCAUUGGAUUUAAUGCAUUUGUUUUAUGGUUUAGCCGAUUUUUACAUUUUUUUUCUCUUUUCUCUCCCACUUCACACAUACCAGAGAAGAAGACAAAUAAUUCAUUUAUACCACAGCCAGUCAGAUUGUGUUAAACUAGGCUGAUCCACAUGAGAGUUUUGCUGCUCUUUUGAUGUCUGUCUAUAUUCUCCUGCUAUUUGACUAAACUGAAAGCUGUUGCAGUUUUUAUUUUGGCCCAAAUCACAAAACUCUGUUUAGGUUUCUGUAUAGCUGCCUGGCGUAGGGAGAGAUCUAAUUGACAGGGCUAUAAUUAAUUUAUAGUUUAAGCCAAAUUAGUAAAAUAUGUUCUUUAUCUGGUUUGCUAAUGGCUUUACUGUCAGAGUUGGAAAAAAAUAAAACUUUUGGGGCUAAAAAAAAAAAGAAACUGAUCAACAUGACUGAUGUGGUGAGGCUGUGAGAAACAAAUACAGUGAGUUCUUUUGUUGCAUCAAGGAUUUCUAAACAUUACAUCAAUACCUUUUUUCAACCUGAUUUGAGCAAUUUAAAAUUAAAAUUUUGUCAAAAAAAAGCUGGUUUUCUUGGGUUUAUAGCAAAAAAAAAUUACAAAACCUCAAGGUUUACUUCUUGCUGGUUGAUAUUUUAAGAACGGGUAAAGACAUUUACUCCAUAAAUCUACCCAGAAUUAAUUUGGUUCAUGUGCUGCAGGGCACACGAUGUCAGCUCUGCUUUUGUAUGAGCCUAAUGUGGAUUAGGUCGGACUAGUUGUUUUAAAACCGGGUUUUUACAUAAAUAAAAUGUUCUCUCUCCAUUA